AUGCAGCACAUCUUCUCCCUAGCACAGUCGACCUAUGUUUGGCUGGGACAUGGCAAUGACCGGAGUGAUCUAGCUAUGGAGUAUCUAUCGCAAUUAGCAAGAUUCGGCAGGCAGCUACCGCUGCGUAUCUGUACUGCUCCUGAUGCAGCAACCGCGAGGGCUGAGUCUGCGAGGUAUAGGGAGGCCGUGUGGGAAGCGAUGAGAUGUGAGCUCCUUCAUUCUUGGGGCGUCCUGUAUUUUGAAUCUUCUUCGAUGCUAACAAAAUGA